AAAUCACAAAUGAAGGAGGGCUGACUGGACACCUAAUCUGUGAUUCUCUGUUAAAACUUUAAAGUGUUUCCUUCAUCUCAAUCGAAGCAGAACCAGAGAAGAAAUUCACCACAAAACAGUAAGAGUGAAGGUAGAGAAGUGUCGAUUCGAUCAAUCUCAGCGAAUUCUCUUAACGUUUGAGGACACAGGUGAGGGUUAUACAGGGUGGACAAUUUAUUGAGCUUUGCUUUGAUUGGAAGAGAAAUAGAGGCUUUCCAAGAAACAGAGUUAGAAAGGGAAAAAAUUAUAGCUGAAGCUUUCACCUGAUGGCGAGGAUCAAACCUCAAACAUUGCUACUUCAGAGUAAAAAGAAGAAGGGCCCUACUCGCAUUAGUGUCACUACUAUUAUUACUUGCAACUUGAUUGUUGUGUUGAUCUUGUUAUGCUUGGUUGCUACCUAUAGGCAUUGGUCUCAAAGGUCCAGGAACCAACAAGAAGAGCAUGACUUGCCAAAUCUUCUGGAUGAGGAUCCAAAAAAAAUUGAUAAAUUUGAUCUUCCUGGUUUCGCUAUUAUAAAUACCUCAAAAGGUUUGAUUACGGUGGAGCUUUACAAGGACGGUUCUCCUGAGAUUGUGGAUAAAUUCAUCGACUUGUGUCAAAAGGGGCACUUCAAGGGGAUGCCUUUCCAUCGUGUAAUAAAGCACUACGUGAUUCAAGGGGGAGACCAUCAAAGAGUAGGAUCUGCAGAAGAUUGGACAUCGAAAGGAAAACCUGGCAAUCAAUUUACAAUAAGCCCCAAGCAUGAGGCUUUUAUGCUUGGAACUUCAAAGACUAAACCGGAUAGCAAAGGAUUUGAGCUUUUUAUUACAACUGCACCGAUUCCAGAUUUAAAUGAUAAGCUCAUUGUGUUUGGACGGGUGAUCAAAGGAGAGGAUGUUGUUCAGGAAAUUGAAGAGGUGGAUACUGAUGAACACUACCAACCUAAGUCCCCUAUAGGGAUCAUCAAUGUUACUUUGAAGCGGGAGAUUUAAGGUCUUUGCCACGUGUAAAAAGUUUUCUGUAUCAUUGUGGUGCCUGCGUGAGGAAUCAUUUUCCACCAAGCUUGUCACGGUGCCAAUUUUUUUCUCUCCUGCGAGGGGAUGAUGAGUAAAGGUUUUAAUAGAGGGUUGUUUUUGGGGUGUAAA